UCUUGCAAGUCUGCCAGGGGCUAUGUUGCUGCGGUCGCUGCGUAGUUGGGCGGCUCGGUCGCUGCGUAGCGUGGGCCAGGGGAGCUCCGGGAGCCCAGGGAGUCUCGAUUCGGGCGCCGGGCCUCUGUGGGCACCUCGCCGCGCUUGGCCUCCGGUGCGGAUCUUUCUCUUCCGAAAUGGAAGCCAGGUGGCGUAUCUCUCAUUGGCCUCGGGCUGCUGCCAGGUUUGUAUUGAGGGCAAUAUUGCAAGUGGGAAGACGACAUGCCUGGAGUUCUUCUCCAAUACAGCAGACGUCGAGGUGUUAAUGGAGCCUGUGCUCAAGUGGAGAAAUGUCCAUGGCCAUAACCCUCUGAGUCUCAUGUACCGUGAUGCCAGUCGAUGGGGCCUCACGCUGCAGACAUAUGUGCAGCUCACCAUGCUGGACCAGCACACGCGUCCUCAGAUGUCACCUGUACGGUUGAUGGAAAGGUCAAUUUACAGCGCAAGAUACAUUUUUGUAGAAAACCUGUAUAGAAGUGGGAAGAUGCCCGAGGUUGACUAUGUGAUUCUGUCUGAGUGGUUUGACUGGAUCAUCAGGAACAUUGAUGUCUCUGUUGAUCUGAUCGUUUAUCUUCGAACCACUCCUGAAAUCUGCUACCAGAGAUUAAAGAUGAGGUGCCGGGAAGAAGAGAAAGUCAUUCCAAUGGAGUACCUCGGUGCUAUUCACCGCCUCUACGAGGAGUGGCUGCUCAAUGGCAGCCUUUUCCCAGCUGCAGCCCCUGUUCUGGUGAUUGAGGCUGACCACAACUUGGAGAAAAUGUUAGAACUCUUUGAACAAAACCGGGCCCGGAUAUUAACUCCAGAGAACUGGAAGCAUGGACCGUAGGACUGAGCCGUCUACAAGACAGUGUCAGGAACAGCCCAGCCAGGGCCAGGCUAGCUGCUAGGAGCAUUUGCAAGAAUCUACUCUCAGGAGAAUCUGUUAUCUGAUGAGAUCUAUUUUCACAGUGGUCUUUUCACCACAGUACAAACGGCUUUUGUCUGUCAGGUGCUUGCAGCACACAUUCCCCCUGGAGCCCCUUCCUGGUGGCUUCCUAAUGUUGCGGCCCUGUGUAAAAAUCAUUUACUGUAUCCCUGGGGGGUUCUGCGUCCUCUGCAUCAGGUCACCUCAUGGGGUGAGGGAGCAGUCUUCCAUCCCAGGCAAGGAUUUGAAGCCCAGAGAGGUGCAGGGACUCUUCAAGCCAGAGCAUAGUGGAGCUGGGACCAUUCAGAUACCUGGCUUGGGGUGCUGCCUCCUCAGCGCUUCCCCACAGCCCUGCUGCUCUUUGGGAGAAGACCUGGCAGUUUGUGGAUUCCAUCAUCUUUCAGUACUGAGCAAGUUUCAAGGAGACUAGAUAUCACUAAGCAUUGGCACAUCUCUGUUAUUUGGCAUGAGCCCAGGGUUUCCUGGCAUGAAGGUACUGUAACCUCUAUUCCUUUGUCAUCUGGACCUCAGUGUCCAUUGGGCACUUGGACCGGUCUUUGCAUGGUGCCAGAGUCCUUGAGGUUGAGUUCCUUCCCAGACUCUGCCAGUUUCGUGUCAUACUGUGUCAGAAAAAAAGGGGCUAUGGGACCUGGACACUGUGCCCCGUGUUGAGUGAGGCCAAGGGCAGCCAGCUGGGCUUCCAAGGCCCCAUCACUCUCUCCUCUCCUGUCCUUGUGUGAGAGGAGUGCCUGUGCUCCAGGGAGAGUGAUAGUGGCUUUAACUCCUUUGAAGUGUUUUUCCAUCUGAGAGGAUGUCAUGGACGAUGGAGCAUGAAGUCAUCUCUAUUUGAUCAGAAAACACCUUAGCUUUGCUUGGCCAUAACUGUGUAUCAAAGGUGCAGCUGUUACUUGAACCAGUCAAGACCAAGAGAAAGACCGACCAUUCCUCAGAGACAGAGUGAAAAGUCAUGGUUUGCCAACAAAGGCAUUUAAAGCCUUGCUGCUCUUGACUUUCUGGAACAGAUGGAGUGCAUCUGGAGAAGACUGGACACAGAUGAUAUAAGGGGAAUGAUAACUGUAUACUCUGGAGACACACAGCCUGGGCUGGGCUGGGGCUGCAGAUGAGUGUGUGCCAGCUGGCCCUGCUCUGCCUGGUAGCCAGAAAGAGGGCCAAGAGUCCAGCUCUUGGUCCUUCCUGUUUGGACCAAUUCUUGGGCCCUUUUGGUAGUAUGAGCAGCAGCCAGGGAGAUUGUCCAUUGGUACCUGCAGUCCAGCAGUGGAUAAACAUGAGAAAGGCAGGAACUUUGAAACAGCAGUCCUGAUGGGGAUGUCUUUAGAAUUUGCAAACCAAUAGUCUGUUACUUGUCCCUUUGCUCUACCAGAGCAGCUAAACCCUGAUGUCAAUCCCCCCCUCCUUUCUCUCCUUUCUUUUGAGUAGGGUUCUACUUUGUAGACUGGACUGGCCUUGAACUCUCAGCAGUAUUUUUGCCUCAGCCAUUUGAGUUACAGGCAUGUAGCACCAUGUCUGGCUUGUAUACUCAUUUUUUGUUUUGAUGUAAUUUUACGUUAUUUUUCAUUAUUAUGUGUUUGGGUGUUUUGCCUGCAUAUACAAGUGUGCCUGGUGACCAUAGAGGCCAGAAGAGGGCAUUGGAUCUUUUGGGACUGGAGUUGCAGUUGUAGGUUGCCAUGGGGAUGCUAGGAAUUGAACCUAGAGCCCCUAGAAGAGCAGCUGUCUCUAGCCCCAUGUAUUCAUUUUUCAAACACCACAUUUCAAGCAUAGUGAGCAUGGCUCAAAAAAGAGCCUGCUGUCCGUGCACCUCGACACUGCAGAGCACCUUCAGUAAAGGUUUGCAGAACCUUCCAGCUCAUAGGUCAUACCUGAAACAGAACCAGCUUUCCCAAGGGUUGCUAUCUUAUCAGGCAGACCUGGUAGGGUCAAUGGUCAUGGAGCAAGUACCAGCAGUAACAUCUCAUGGCCAGAAAAGGGCAGGUGGCACAUGGUGGGCCACAAGGCCUAGUUCUUAGACACAGGGCAUCACUGCCUCUAGCUGUCUCUGAGUGGCUGGUAGAGCAUGGCAGGGAUUGGCAUCCCUGAAGAGCCAGAGUGUCCUUGCUUGAUCCCAAGACCACUCAUUCCUUCCAUCUGGGUCAGAUUUCACAAAGUGCAUUUUGGAGGGUCACUGCUCAGGUUUUGUGAAAAAUGACCUGUGGAUAGAUAUAUUUGGGAAACGCUCUGCUAAGCGAGGUCCUCUUGCUUCUGGCCUCCAGGACUUCUCAGGCUGAGUAGUGGGCUAUUGGGGUAUGGGAUUCUUGGAGGGAGAGAGAUGUAUGGUACUUCCCAACCUCUUGGACUCGCUUCCUAAAUAAAAACAUUUUUAUUUUGAAUCAUG